UAGCAUUAGUUUUUGGCUCACACUUUCACCAACUCUCUCUUCUUCCUCCUUGACUUCCCUGCAGCCUGUCGAGUUCCAGUCUCUUUAAUUUCUUCUGUCACAAAUAUUAUUAGAACAAUAAUCCCUACUGCUCUCUAAUUGCCUCUGUCCAUUUCCUCCUCUUCUUGCUCAGCUUUCUAUGCUCUAUAGUACUGUGUUUGCUUUGUUUUAGUCUUGAAGCUGGAUCGGUCUGAUUUUCUCCUUCUUCCUUAGCCAAACCUUUAUAAAAACUUUCGAAGCAUGUAAGUCUUUGCUUUCUCGAAAAUCCCAGGAAACCCCCCCAGAAAAGAAAAAAAAAAUUUCUAGUUUUGUCCAUGCAUAGAUUGCUUCAUCUGAUCUAGCUGCCUUUAUUUUGUAGUUUAUAGCCUGGCUCGCUUCAUUUCCCCUAUUCCGUAGCAGAAAAUUUAUAAAAGCUUGUCAAGCAUGUAAUUGAAUUUGUUCUUCAUUCCCAUCAUUCCAAAAAAAAAAAAAAAAAAAAAUAGUUUUAGUAAUUUAUUAUAUAUGUUUUCAUAUCAGGAGUAACAAUUUUCCUCUAGUACUGUUUCUGAUCCUCCUGGCCAAGAUCAAAAUCACCCUGUAGCAAAAACAUUAUAAAAACCUUCAAAACAUGUAACUGUCUCUCUCUCCUAUCCACCCUUUAAUCAUCUCCAAAAAAAAAAUUAAAAAAAAAAACUUGUCUGUGUCUUUGUUAUAGUGUUACUUGUUAUCAUCAAAACCAAAAAAAAAGGAAAGAAGUUGGGAGAGAAGAAUGCCGGGACCAGAAGAAGCUGGGACACCGACGGUGACGGCACCGAAUACGCCGGGGACACCGGGAGGGCCACUUUUUACUGGGCUGAGGGUGGACUCACUGUCCUAUUCAGAUAGGAAAAUAAUGCCAAAAUGCAAGUGCUUGCCUGUCACUGCUCCAAAUUGGGGUCAACCCCACACGUGCUUCCUUGAUAUUCCUGCUCCUGAUGUUUCUCUAACUCGCAAGCUUGGAGCAGAAUUUGUGGGAACCUUCAUCCUGAUAUUUAUGGCGACAGCAGGACCAAUAGUGAACCAGAAGUAUGAUCACGCAGAAACACUGAUUGGAAAUGCAGCCUGUGCUGGGCUAGCAGUGAUGAUCAUAAUCCUGUCAACUGGACACAUUUCUGGAGCUCAUUUGAACCCAUCACUCACCAUUGCUUUUGCAGCUCUACGCCACUUCCCUUGGGUCCAAGUGCCUGCCUACAUUGCAGCACAAGUAUCGGCUUCCAUCUGUGCUUCUUUUGCUCUUAAAGGAGUCUUCCACCCCUUCAUGUCUGGUGGAGUUACCGUUCCAUCUGUGAGCACUGGCCAAGCUUUUGCGCUUGAGUUCUUCAUCACUUUCAAUCUCUUGUUUGUUGUCACUGCCGUUGCCACUGACACUCGUGCUGUGGGAGAGCUGGCAGGAAUAGCAGUCGGAGCUACGGUUCUGCUGAACAUUCUUGUUGCAGGGCCAUCAACUGGUGGUUCCAUGAAUCCAGUGAGGACUUUGGGGCCAGCAAUAGCUGCAGGAAAUUACAAAGAAAUUUGGAUUUAUCUGGUGGCACCGACACUUGGAGCCCUAGUCGGUGCUGGCACCUACACGCUUGUGAAGCUCCGGGACGACGAGACUGAUCCACCCCGUCCAGUCAGGAGCUUCCGUCGCUAGGAUAGAUCGAUCGAUCGAUCAUGCAAUGAAUGAUGGCGUGGAACAAGACGAUACACGAAUGAUUAAUAUCUUAGAAAGUUUGCGAAGAAUAAAAAGGUGAUGUGACGCUAAGUCCACGGCCUACAGUGUGGUUGAAUAAUGGGGUGCACUUGGAGUGGUGAUUGCCAUCUCUUCAGUCACCAUCUCUGGAUAUGUAAUUGAUAUAGAGCUUGACGAAGUGCUUAUUUUUGUGUGUUUUAUUUCCUAGCUACGUACGUGAGAAACAUGUCUCGUAAUAUUAUUGUCUUUGAGUUUUAAUAUUAUUGUCUUAAUUUGUAAUUUCCUGUGAAAAAUGUUAUGUGUGAUGCAGAAAAACAUAUAUGGGAUGAAAAUGCAAGGAUUAUGUACAUUUUUCGUCGUUGUA